GCCCAUGGCAUCAGCUUAUCCUGUCAACCCUAGGCUACCGUUGGGCAAUACAGGACGUCAGCGAGUUCGGAAGGAAAUCUCCAAGGCCUUGCGUGCGAACCCGGAACUACGGUCUCUGUGCAAAUCCGUGGCACCUGAUAUAAAGAAAGCUACCAAGUCGCAGCUGCUAGAAAUGUGUGUUAUCACUGGUACUCUGGAUCAGGCCAUCCAAAUUUCACAGGAAAACGCGGCUUCUCAAGCUCUUCAUGGCGCCCACUUGCGCAUCGCUAGCAAUACCCGUGGUGCGAACUCGGCUGCUAUGGCAGAUGGCAACUCCUCUCAGACUGUUGCCUCUACUGGUUCUAGUGCUGCCGUCUCAACGAGUAGCUCUCUGGCAGACUCUGGCGGCUUUGGUCUUGACGCUCUGACUUAUCCUUUUUGGCUUCAGAAGCAGUCAAGUAAGAGUCUCGUUGAAGCAUUGGCUGACGAUAUUUUGAAGCCGCCGGAGAGUUUCUAAUCCUCUAAGCUAGGAAUGAUGGAUAUCAGUGGCGAACUCCAGGGAUUCGAUUUCAGUCAGAACUUCGGUGAUUAUUGAGUUGUAUUCUCUCUCACUCUACUCUGUGGCUGAGGAGUCUUAUGCAGAUAUGAGCUCGAUUUCUAUCGUCUCUCCAAGUAGUAGAUAGCUCCUCGUUGUUGUAACUGACAGCGUUGGUUGUCGCUCUAUCGCUUUUGUCCUAGAGGUUGUAGUAGUUGUAAUAUUAGUAAACACACGAGUCGUGGUUCAGCCUCAACAUUGUACGUCUCUGACUUCUUUGCACUUGUGUGUAUUCUGCCAUCCUUAUAUUCAGUU